AUGGCACAGCAUUUUCUCGAACAGAUUGAAUUAUUAAUGCAAUGGCAACAAAUGAGAAUUGCUGAAGAUCAUUUACAAAACUCUCGAAAUUAUCGAUGGUUAUCAAAUAAGCGACCAUCGAUUCUGUGGAUUUCCGUAACCGAUGAAUAUAAAAUCAGAAAAGCUUUAACAAAAGUGGAUGAAGAUCAAAGAUUAAAAGUUUUGAAGCAGCUUGUAAAGUGGUUGGAGGAACAUCCAAAGUCCGCGACUACAAAAAUCCCCGAAAUAUGCGUUAAAUUCUUAGAACAACAAGACACAUCGAACAUCAUUACGAAAGCAAAUCUUUCUAGAAUGUCCAGUUUUAGAAGCAGUUUGCGAAGAUUAUCGUUUUUUCAAAACCGCGUCAUUCCUGAGGUUGUUGUCACACAACAACCCGAUCAUAAAUGCGUAACUUUCAACGAAGAAUUAGUCGUUUAUAAGAUUUAA